CCUCCCGGAAGUGGGCCGGAGGCCGCCAGAGGACGCGGGCGGGCGGGAGGCUGGGGAGGGCGGCCGCGGCGCUGGGCCCCGCGGGGUGCGUGUCCUCCCGCCAUGGAGGACGAGCUGACCUUCUCGGACAUCUACGGCGGCCGCCUGGCGCUGCUGCGCCGCUACUACUCCCCGUCCUGCCGCGAGUUCUGCCUCAGCUGCCCGCGGCUCUCGCUGCGCUCGCUCACCGCCGUCACCUGCUCCGUGUGGCUGGCGGCCUACGGCCUCUUCACCCUCUUCGAGCAGAACAAAGCUUUUCCUGCAUGGCCUAGAGUUGACUCACUAAACAGUGGCAUAUGCAGAAGACCAUCUGGUAAUCUUACUGCCGGUGUCUGGCUCUCUCUUCAGAACAGCAUGAUCCUCUCUGCUGCCAUCUUCAUCACCCUCAUAGGCCUGCUUGGUUAUCUCCACUUUGUGAAGAUUGAUCAGGAGACUCUGUUAAUCAUUGAUUCCCUGGGCAUCCAGAUGACUUCAUCCUAUGCAUCUGGCAAAGAAAGCACCACCUUCAUUGAGAUGGGCAAGGUGAAGGAUGUCAUCAUUAAUGAGGCUAUUUAUAUGCAGAAGGUGAUUUACUAUCUCUGCAUUUUACUGAACGAUCCGAUGGAACCAAAUGGGAUAUCCCAAGUAGUACCGGUCUUCCAGAGUGCCAAGCCCCGGCUGGACUGCUUGAUUGAAGUGUACAGGAGCUGCCAGGAGAUCCUGGCACACGGGAAAGCCACACCCACAAGCCCAUGAGCUCCAGCAUCCAGAAGGCCAGUACUGUCUCCGUGGGAAGUGACCCCUAAGCCCUUGGGCUGGUAUAUUCUACUAUAUUCAAACAUCAUGUGGACACGGUCCUAGGAACCAGGAUGAUGUGGUGGAUCUGAGCCAGAGCAGGUGACUGGAACUCAGCUCAUGGUGUGAUGUUGAGCAAAGUGUUCCUGGUAUUUCAGUGCUCCCCUCCUAAGGUAUGUGUAUAUUACCAACUGAGAGGAGACCUUAAGAAACGGUAUGUCAAAGGUCAUGUUGACAGAGCACUUGCGAAUUUUCUAAACACAUUCAAGUUUACUUUUUGUUGAAAUUUGGGGAGCAAGACAUUGGGAAACUGAUGUCAGAUCUCUUGAGAAAGAUAAUUUCCAGAUAUAUAAAAUAUAGUCCAGCCCUUCAGGCACUGGGUUAGUGGGAAGAAAUGUCUUACAAAAGACUAGACUUUGUCCCCCUAUCUCCUUUGUCUGUGUAGGGUUAAAUAUGACUCUUAAUAAACAGGUCUCCUUC